CGGCGGAAAAUAAAGGUUCCGCUUCCGGAAGUGAACGACGACUCUCUUGGGCGCCGAAGAAGAAGAAAACUGAGGAUGGCACGAGCCCGAAGCUGAAUUAAAACUCUUUCUGUGCUUGUUACAACUGCGAGCAGGCGACUAGGAGACGGAGUCCUGGAGUGUUCCUGCAGAGUCCAGUCCACUCCGGUUGUGUCUGUCUGCGAGGCACCUGCUGGGUAGACAUAUCCCCGUCUGUGUUUCUGCCUGCUCCUGGGUGGCAGGGACCUGACUGACGACAUGGACCAGAACAACAGUAUAUCAGCCUUCCAGGGGCUGGCCUCCCCUCAGGGUGCCAUGACCCCAGGCAUGCCAAUCUUCAGUCCAAUGAUGCCAUAUGGCUCAGGACUGACACCCCAGCCAGUCCAGAACACCAACAGUCUGUCUAUACUAGAGGAACAGCAGAGGCAACAACAACAGGCACAACAGCAACAGGCGCAGCAGGCCAACACAGGUCUUCCAGGGACGUCGGGGCAGACCCCUCAGCUUUUCCAUUCCCAGACAGUAGCAGGCUCAACCACCACAGCGCUACCAGGGAACACCCCGCUCUACAACACCCCACUUACUCCCAUGACCCCUAUCGCACCAGCCACACCUGCCUCAGAAAGCUCUGGAAUAGUGCCACAGCUACAAAACAUCGUAUCUACUGUAAAUCUGGGCUGUAAACUGGACUUGAAGACCAUCGCCCUGAGAGCGAGGAAUGCAGAGUACAACCCAAAGCGUUUUGCCGCUGUCAUCAUGAGAAUACGAGAACCCAGAACCACUGCCCUUAUCUUCAGCUCUGGGAAGAUGGUUUGCACUGGAGCAAAGAGUGAGGAGCAGUCGAGGUUAGCAGCCAGGAAGUAUGCUCGUGUUGUGCAGAAGCUUGGUUUCCCUGCCAAGUUCCUGGACUUCAAAAUUCAAAACAUGGUGGGCAGCUGUGACGUGAAGUUCCCCAUCCGGCUGGAAGGAUUAGUCCUCACACAUCAACAGUUCAGCAGUUAUGAGCCGGAGCUGUUUCCAGGGCUGAUUUACAGAAUGAUCAAACCCAGAAUUGUCCUGCUCAUCUUUGUUUCUGGUAAAGUUGUACUCACAGGUGCCAAGGUGAGAGCAGAGAUCUACGAAGCGUUUGAAAACAUCUACCCCAUCCUAAAAGGCUUCCGCAAGACGACGUAGGAACUGUUGUUCCUCCUUUUAUCAUCUCCCCAACACCCUGUCUUUUUACUCUGAUUUUUUUAUUUUUUUAUUAGACUGCUCUAAGGGCUGUCUGUACAGGGAUGUGACUUAUUCACUUUUUUCUUUUUGUCCCUCUUGCGUUGUGGAUGUUUUUUGAGAGGACCUUUUUAAUUACACGCAAGCCCUUUACAUUUAUUUCCAGCUGUUUUCAGUUUAUGCUAAGCUUUCAGAUUUGCUUUUGUUUGUUUGUUUGUCCCAAUCAUGUCCCUGAUUGUACAUAAGAUUGUAAAGAAAAUGUAAAAAUCGCAGACUGGGCACUUGUUUGUGUCUGGGGGUGUUGCUGUUCUCUUUUUAAUGCAGUUUUAAAUAGUUUUGUACAUUGCAUUUUUAGUACUUGUCUCCCAGUUACAUUAAGAUGUGUUCGGGUCUGUCAGCCACACAUUCCUAUCACAGUAUUUGCUAAGAUUUUAGUUUCUCAGACUUGAUACCAAACCAAGUCUGUCAGUUUUUGAGAAUUUUAUCCAUAUCCAUUUAAAUUAAUUGGAUCUAGGUUCAGCAUUGUUCUAAUCUCAUAAAUGCUGGAAAUAGAUUUCUCAUUGUGACAAGUCUAUUCCGUUAGUCGGUAGUCUGAAUUUUGAUGCUCUUAAAUUUUGAAAUGAGACAAGUUCAAAGUUAAACUUAACAUUUAAAGAUUUUAAAUCCUGAAUUCGUAAAAAGCAGUGAGAUGGCAGAUGAACUACACAUCACGAUGCCAUGUUUAUGUAUUAUGUUUAGUUUUUUUAUGUUUCAAAUUAUUUUUGAGCGUAGGCAAAUGUGAAACGAUCUCAGUUGUCCAUGCUCUUGCUCAGCUGCACACAUAAAAAUCUACAAACAAUUGAGUCACAAUUUUGGGCACUUGUUUGUGUUUAGCAAUUAACAAAUUCAAAGAUUUGUAUUCACAAUGCAUUUGGUUUCACCACUUGUGUGUCAGCCACUUAAUGUCUGCAUGGACAACACUGGUAGAAGACACAAGGCUAAAUACUACUUAACUUUUAGUAUUUCUCAGUUCAUAUCUGCUUAACUCUGAGUUUUGCAGCGGUCAGGCAGAAAACCACAAAGCCCUGUCACAUGUAAAUGCAGUUGUGCUUAUUCUGAAAUGGUUAAUGUGCUGUUCUGUGCAUUAAUAAAUAUGUACAUACUGACUAUA